AUGAAGCGAGUGAUAGACCGGAAAGGUGCCAGAGGCUCGAGCAGACGCAACGUAGUAGGCUGGAGUGUUCUGCCUGGUGUGGGAAAUGGUGCAUGCACACAAUUCGAGGUCAUCCUCUCCGAUGAGAUUGGGAGUGCUCAGGGAACAGAUAACACAACGUCUCACUACUUGCAUUCUACUGCUCAGUUGAAAGUUGUGAAGCACACUGUCCAAGGAGCCAUCUACACCGCAAUCGCAACUGCAAACUUCAGAUUUGCAAACAAAAGGCUCCGCAUUGUCUUACAUGCCGAUGAUGGCGCUGAGUGGAGCACAAGUAUGGCAGUCGUUGGCGAUCGGUUGAUUGUACCAGCGCAACAAGCUCAACUGGCUGAGCUCUUCAUUGCACUGGGCGAAUUAUGUGGUAUCGAGCUGGGAAUGUCUGCUAAUCUGCAACUGAGUGAUGAUGGCGCUGGGUGUAAGAUCUGUGCGGCUCCCUUCUGCGGCAUCGGUGGUCUUGUAUACACUCUUGACAGCAUGGCAGGCAGCCGUCCAGAUAAAAAAUCCGAAUGCCAGGAGGGGAGUACAUAUCCAACCGUUAUGAGCUACACAGAUAAUGAGCAGCUAUGGGUGGACCGAGUACCGCAGAGCCCGGGCGCUAUGACGGACUUUUUGACCAGCCUUGCGGGACGAGAGACAAUACGCAUAGCAGACACGUGCGUAGCGUCGGGUGAGGACGGGAAUAUUCUUCUGUCGGAUAAUAUCAUUUGGUGGACGGACGAGGUCACCGAAGAGGUGCCACAGCGGAAACAGUCCAAACCUGCGAAUUGGGGAGGCUUCCAGGACAUGUGGCGAAACCACAAGAACCUAAGGGAGUCAAAGAAGAGGGCGGAAGUCUUGGUCUGCACGGAGGCUCCGCUGGUUCACGAUUCGGUCAUAAGAUUCGCCCAAGCAGGCAAAUCCGACAGCAAUACAACCAAGCCCUUGAGGUUGAUACACGUUCAAACACGAGAUGUACUGGCAACGGAGGGGCUCGGGAAGAAACGCUAUGCCAUCAUUUCGUACACCUGGAGCCAAUUCAGGAAAGAGGAGUUGCUGGAAUGGGCAACAUCACGAGCAGCGGGGCUGGGUUACGAAUACAUAUGGAUCGACCAAUAUUGCAUUGAUCAGAAGAACAAGCAGGAGAAGAACGCGGAGAUCAAGCGCAUGAGGGAUUACUACAAGAACGCGGCACAAGUCCUAGUGCUCGUGCCUGACGUGACGAGCCUGGCCAGCUUCAAUGUGGCAUCAGCGGACCAGCUGAUCCAUGUAGAUGCAGCUCUCAACGCCUCCAGGGACGUAUUGAAGGAGAUUGUAUCUUGCGAGUGGCUGAAAAGAGUCUGGACCUUUCAAGAAGCAUGGGUGGCUAGACAAUGCGUGCUGUGUACCCAAGAGCAGAUGCUUGACGGCACAGUGAUGGAUGCCUUACUUGGCUUGCUCAAAUACGGAGCUGUCGACAGACCCAGAGUAAUGUGCGUCAGAAAUAAGUCGAUAGCGAACCCAGUGGUUGCAAAUCCCAACACAGUUGUCUGGAAGGGGGUCCUCAGGAAGCGUCAGACGGUCGUGGGAUCGACAGAGAGGUGGAUCUUGCAGAGCGGAUUAAGGGAAUACGAGCCGCCGCGGCUCACGCUGGUUCAGGCCUGGGAAGCUUCAAGGGAGAGAAACACGAUGAAUGAAGAGGACAGAGUAUACGCUCUGCUUUCCUCCGUCGAGGGGGGAGACAGAAUCAAAGUCGACCGUGGACGGUCUCUGCUGGCUGUCAUAGAGGACUGUGUGGAGGCAGGGAUUGUUACCGCUGACCUUCUGGCCGGCGAUUCCCCUUCGACCAUGGCUGAUAGGUGCUGGAUGCCCGAUCUAACAGGAUCUGGACCGCAGCACCCGUUGCGAGUUGCCGCUGCUACUGAGAAACAACAGCCAUUGGUUUGGCGAGGAGGCAGGGUGUCUGUCAAGGGAAAAUAUUUCAGCUUUGCGGACGUAUCCGCUUGGCUACGCAUCGCACGCAUCAAGACUGAGGAUGCAAUUCAACAGUCCGAAGGGAGCGACCGGCCCUGGACUCAAUUCGCUCUCACAACGCGGCAGAAAACAUGGACUACGAAGGACGUGGUGACUUCUGAUUUCCUUUUGGUACAGCCGGUGCCUGGCUCCACGCAGACUGUGCUGGUUUCGGGCAACAAAUUGCCAGAUGGAUCCUUUCACAGGAAGAAGGGUUAUAUAGUCUGGCUCAAGAAGACAGGGGAAGAGUGGCUGCAGGACAGCCAGCCGGUAGAGAUCGGAUCAUCGCUAUAG